GCGCACGGAGGCCCGAGCUCCUAGCCACCCUUCCCGGCCUCGGCGCGCUCGUCCCGGGCAGCGGCCCGCGCCUGCCCCAGCGCCCGCGGCGCCGAACUUGGGCUCGGCGAGCCGGCAGACCUCCGCCGGAGCAGGGCAUGGUCUAGCAGCCCAGACAAGGACGUGGAACCAGCUCCUGAGGUUCUGACCCCUGCUCUGUCUCUGUCUCUGUCUCCACUUGGCCUUGGGUGCAGCCGCGGCCGCCAUGGGCAAGCAGAACAGCAAGCUGCGGCCCGAGGUGCUGCAGGACCUGCGGGAGAAUACGGAGUUCACAGACCACGAGCUGCAGGAGUGGUACAAGGGCUUCCUCAAGGACUGCCCCACCGGCCACCUGACCGUGGACGAGUUCAAGAAGAUCUAUGCCAACUUCUUCCCCUACGGCGAUGCCUCCAAGUUCGCCGAGCACGUCUUCCGCACCUUCGACACCAACGGCGACGGCACCAUCGACUUCCGGGAGUUCAUCAUCGCGCUGAGUGUGACCUCCCGGGGCAAGCUGGAGCAGAAGCUCAAGUGGGCCUUCAGCAUGUACGACCUGGACGGCAACGGCUACAUCAGCCGCAGCGAGAUGCUUGAGAUUGUGCAGGCUAUAUACAAAAUGGUAUCCUCUGUAAUGAAAAUGCCCGAGGAUGAGUCAACCCCGGAGAAACGAACUGACAAGAUCUUCAGGCAGAUGGACACCAACAAUGACGGCAAACUGUCCCUGGAAGAAUUCAUUAAAGGCGCCAAGAGUGACCCGUCCAUUGUCCGUUUGUUGCAGUGCGACCCCAGCAGCGCGAGUCAGUUCUAAGGGGCUGGGCGUCUGGACAGCCGUGAGGAACAUGGGUUCGUCUCGCCGUUUCAGCUUUGCUUGCAGAAGUGGAUGCCUCCCCAGUCAUUCCUGCUCUCUGGGCCCCAUGACCCGUGCACCUGCCC